AUCCUUCUGCAGGUAGGUUGCUUUAAGAGUAAAGGGGUGCUGAAAGGCAGGGAGGGUGUUUUCCUGUUAGUAGCAGAAGGAGCUUCCCAACAGCCUGCCUUUCUCGCUUUCUGCCUGGCUCACUACCUUCUAGAGGUAGUGAGUUCUGGGGGAGCCGUGUCCUCAGGUUCCAAAAAGGGCUGGAGAAUAUCGGGGCACCAACCAGCCAGCCAAGCACUCUGGAGGAAAAGGGAGGCUCCUGCACAUUUCCCUUUCCUGCAGGCUUGCCCUGUUUUUUCAUGAUGUCAUGUAUUCAUCAUUGUGAGCUGAUUGGUGGCCCCAGGCCUUGGCCAGCUGCCCGAGGUCAGAAGGGCAAAGAGAAAUCCCAGGACAAAUGUGCAGCAAGCCCCUGAACAUGUGUGGAAAUGUCAUCAGUUCCACCUAGCAAGCCUUGGUGGAAACCGAAGACAGUAAAAGUCAAAAGAUCCUAUUCAUCUUUUCCUUUCCUGAAUGCCUGGGAAGAAUUCAGGGGCCUCUUGCCUGUGGAUAGAGAACCAAACCCUGGAGUGGGCCUGGGUGUGGAGGAGGGACUGCUCUGCCAGAUGGUUCAUUCUCCAGAAUUCAACCUGUUUCCUGACUCCGUGGUGUUUGAAAGCAACUUUGUCCAGGUGAAAAAGGGCAGGAACUGGAUUGACAUCUACAAAGCCUCCUAUACCAUGGCCCUCGGGGUGACCUCCUCUGUGCCCUGCCUGCCCCUUCCCAACAUCCUCCUCAUGGCCAGUGUCAAAUGGCGCCAGGGGCAGAGCCAGACAUGGAACAGACCAUCCAUGGCCCCAAAAAUCAUCUUGAAGAGGAUUCUCCCACUGAAAUUCGUGGAGCUCCAAGUGUGUGACCAGCUUCAGCGCAUCCUGAGGCUGAGGACCGUCACAGAGAAGAUCUACUACCUAAGACUGCACUCCGACCAUCCUGAGAUUGUCUUCUACUUCUGGGUCCGACUAGUUCAAAUUCUGCAGCAGGGCUUGUCCAUCACCACCAAAGACCCUAGGAUUCUCAUCACUCACUGUCUGGUACCCAAGAACAGCUGCAGCCCCUCAGGAGACUCUCAGUUAGUACAGGAGAAACUCCAAGCCUCCCAGACCAGCGACAGCCUCAUGCAGCUGAUGGCCAACGAGGAGAGUGAGACCCUCUCUCAGAUUUUUGCCGACUUGCACCAGCGCAACCGGUUCAGUUCCAGGAGCAGCAAAAAGACAGAGACCAAAAAGGACAGCUCAGAGAAAGAUGCUUCCUCUGAAGACAGCAUCCCUUGCACCCGUGACCUCAGUUGGAGGGAGUCCUUCACCUGUGGAGAGUGGGAAAGAGAGAACCCGUCUGGGCCGCAGCCCCUCUCACUCCUCAGCACGUUGGCAGCCUCCACGAGGCCACAGCUGACCUUGUUCAUAGGAAAUUCUAUUUGAGCCACCCUUUCACACUGGGGAGAAUCUAAGCAGCCCUCACCGACACCACUCCGCGGCAUUCAACUUCCUGAGGGACUCUGGAUAGAGAGGAGAAAGCCGCAACGAAGGAAAAUCUAGAAUGAUCUCAUGCCGGGAGCAUAGCCUUUCCUUGGAGACCUGUUUGGGAACGUGGUUCCAGAUGAGAAGCUUUAUUCCAGCACGUAACUGCGUGAUCUCACCACUGCACAUCCCCACACCUCACCUCACCUCACCUCAGCUCCACCACCAGGCAGGCGCAAGAAGACAUGCUCUCUGAAGGGCCAGGACGGAGGGAGAGAGGAAGAAGGAGAGGGAAGCAGGACCAGAGGAGAGGUGGAGGAGAAGAAAAUGGAGGGAAAGAGGAAGGUGGAAGGAGGAAGCUGGAAAAAAAAAUACAGAGAGGUGGGAAGAGAAGGAAACAGAAGAGACCUGAGAGAGAAGCUGAAGGAAACAAGAGGAGAAAUACACCUCUGAGAGACGCUUCACCUAGCUUCUGUUUAUCUAAUUUAAGACUUGAGAGACCAUAUACCAAAAAAGAACCGUGUUUUCUUCUCUGCUCAGACUACUCUGGACAAGUAGGAGGGGCCAGAUAUGAAUUCUAGCCAAGGGCCUCUCCACUUCCCUUUUUGCCAGUUUUUCUUAUUCGUCCCUCUUUUUCUGAUUCAAGCUCGAACCUUCUUCCUUAGUCCAUUCUGUGACUUGGACUUGCUGACCUGGCCCUGGGGUUCCAAAGGGAGGCCUGGGCCUGAGGCCGAGAGAAGGUUCCUGCAGGAGGUAGUCGGACAAGGUGUGUGAGACGGGGAGUUUCUCUUUUGUGGCCAAACUUGCUCAAGUUGCGAAUGUCUCAGCCCUGCAAACACUGGCUCCGUUUCUUUUGCGUGUGACACCCCCUUGCACCACCAACACACCUUGUAAGCGCUUGGUAAAUGAUCAGUUCCAACGAGAGAACACAGAGGCUCAAAGCUGGAAUAAAAUCAGUGGUUCGUAAAUUAUAUAUAGAUCAAGAGAGUCGCUAAGGAGGGUCUGUUAGAUGGCCCGUGGACCAGCCUCUCUCUCACUGUGCAAUAUUUCACAUUCAAUAAAAACCAGACUAUGAGCACUUCAGAAAGGCUGCCCAGUCUUCCCAUUGGAAAGUGUUUUUGGACGUCUUGCUUUGAGUCAAGAUUUCCCCAGAGGGUCCUUUUCUGCACUGAAGUGGUUUUCAGGCUGAAGCUGUUGGAGGGCUAAAAAGUAAGCUCCUAGAUCACUGUCACUCGUUUCAAGGAUGAGUUGGGUUCUCAUUCUUGGUGGUUUCGAUAUCCACAGCAAUGGUUCUUCCCAUGGUUGCUGUUCCUUGAACUGCUGCCCGAUGGUUCCGUCCUCCACUCUCUUCAGCCACGGACUCCCCUGAUUUUACCCUAGUUCGUCAAUCACUAUACCCCCAGCUCACUAUUCCCGUUCUCUAGUUACGCCGCUUCCUGACUUUCCCCGAGUCCAACAGUCCUUCAACCCCACCAGUCCUACAACCUGUUGCUCCUUCCGGGUUUUCACUGUCUCUCACUUUCCUUAUGUUCUCAUUCCCCUCCCCUCCAGCCUGGAUUCCAUCAUGAAUCAUUAUUAUCACUUCCUGCAUGCACCCUCUACACCUUUGUGUCUCUUCCACUUUAUUCUAGUCACUUGGCUAAGUCCAACCACCCACCAACUCUGUGCCUUCACCAUACCUCUAAGUCUGCCUGGAAAAAAACAUGUGACAUACUAACCGCCACACCUCAAAGUCAUAACCACAAGCAUCAGUAGGGUCCUUAAUGUUGCCUGGAGGUUAUAUGGUGUUUCCCUUAUCUAUUUCCUCUGCUGAAUGGUAAUUUCAUACCUUUUCUCUCUUCAAACCCCCAGUGCCCCCUGAUCACCCACUUUCCCAAUUCAUUGAGAACAUAAGAGCAUGAAAAGACAACUCCAAGCUCUCACUACCCUGUCUGCCAUUUACCUAGAAUCAGAACCAUGGAUCUUAUUUCUUUCCUCGCUGCUAUGGAAAACUGUCUCUGCUCUAAGCAUAGUCCAACUCUCCCCCUUUGGUACUAGAUCUCUUCCCACUCCCCUACUUAAGGGCAUUGCCCUAGACACUCUCCCUUCUUUUUCCUACACCAUCAAUUUGAUCCUCACUCCUAGACCCUUCCCACCAGCAAU